AUGUCUCGUCAGAAGAUCGAGAUUCAAGCGCCGGGAGACUCCCCGGAUAUUGACACCGGCAUGGAUGACAAACGGGCUCCCAAGUCGACCUCUCGCCGCCUCAACAUUGUCCAAAAGAAUGACGUGGACGACAGUGCUGUCUUCUACAAUCAGAACAAGGACAGAGUACAGCCCCUGUCGCCCGAGCAGCAGCAGAGACUCGUCCGCAAGAACUUUUGGUGCCUGCUGGCCCAGACGUGGUGGAUUGCCUUCCUCAUCCACCUGGACAAGUCUACACUGUCGCAGGCAAGCACCAUGGGCAUCUUUGACGACGUGGACAUGACCAAGAACCAGUACAACGACCUGUUCGUCGUCUUCUACACGGGCUAUCUCAUCGCCCUGUGGCCCGGCGCUGCCCUGGCACAGCGCAUCGGUCACAAGCACUUCAUUGUCGGUUCCCUAGUGCUCUGGGCAUUGCUGCUGGGAAUGCACCCGGUUGUCAAGACUGGCAGGUCGCUGAUAGCUCUGCGUUUCCUGCUGGGCAUGACCGAGUCGCAGAUCGUUCCAUCGACCACCGUCCUCCACCAGGCCUUCUUCCCGCCCAAGAAGAGCCCGUGGGUGCAGCUUCUUUGGUGGGCCUCUGGUAGUCUUGCGAACGUCCUCCUGACCAUGGUCGCGUAUAAGCUGAUCAAGGACGACAACGCCGGCGCCUUGGUCGGGGGCAUCAACUCAUGGAAGUGGCUUCACAUCAUCUGCGUCAUCCUGACGUUUACCGUGUGCAUCCCGCUGUUCAUAUUCCUGCCGAACUCCCCCGUUGAUGCCAAAUGGCUGUCGACGGAGGAAAAGGUGCACACCAUCUCCGCCAUCCGCGAAACGCAUUCUGGAAUAUGCAACUCGACCCUCAAGUGGUCCCAAGUUCGCGAGUGCUUCACAGACCCCAAGAGCUGGCUGUUCAUCACCCACAUGUUCUUCAACGAGCUUCCCAACAAUACGUCUCAGCAGCUGCCGCUCAUUGUCGUGGGCUUUGGAUUCACCCCGGCCGAGAGUGCCCUGUUCAAUAUCAUCAAGCCUAUCUGGGGCUCCAUCCUCAUCCUCGUGUCGGCCGCCAUGCUGUACGCCACCGAUCUGGGCGUCGGAUACACCUGUGCGAUAUCGUAUAUACCUUGUUUCGUGGGUGGGAUCAUCAUGCUUGCCGCUCCUUGGUCAAACAAAGUCGCACUCGUCGUCGGCACGCAGAUUUCAACCUUCAAACCGUCCUACCUUCUCGGUCUUUCAUGGGCCGGUACGACAACCAUUGGCUACACGAAAAAGCUUUGUGUGAUGUCGACCUGCAUCAUAGCUGCUUCAGUAGCAAACAUGAUCUCCCCAGAGUUUUGGCAGGAAAAGUAUAAGCCACGAUACGUGCUGCCCUGGUCAUUCAUGACGGCCUUUUGGUUCAUCUCUCCUGCCAUGUGCCUGAUCAUCCGCUUUUACCUGCAGAGGGAAAAUACUAUCCGAGAGAAGGCAGCGCGAGAUGCGGACGAAAAUAGUGAUGACGCGCUUGACGUCGACCAAGGCGUUCUACAGCUUGGAAAGGAAGAUCUGGACUUGACCGACAGAGAGAACCUCAAGUUUGUCUACCCGCUUUAG